AUGGGGCAGCAAAGAGAACGGCGAAAAAGGAAAAGGAUAUUAGAGAGACCGAUAUUUGGAAAAACAGAACAUUUCUCUCGAGUUUUUACAAAAGUCGGCUUGCUAGCAUUAGCAAAGAGCCUGAAGAGGACGGUGCUAACGACGAAGAGGAAGAGCAGCAGCAGCAGCAGCAGCCAGCUAGAGCCACAGUCCCGUAGUUUGUUCGUGCAGUACCGGACAACCACCUGUUCAACUGCCACACCCUCAUCUCCACCUGUGCCCGAGGCAGAGCCCUCUGACCUGGACAUCACUGAAAACCUGUGGGAAGAUCGUCAACCUGCUGUACCGCUAUGGGAGUACACCGGCUGUCACCGUCCUGUCAAAGGAUUUUUAAAGUUCCUGAAGCGUGAGGGGAGAAAAAGACAGAUAUUCCUGGAAGAGUCACCUAGCUGGACCUCAGGUCUGUGGAUGUUCAUGUAGCUAUUAAAGAUGGCAGCUUCAGGAACAACCCUCCUCACAUUAGCAGCAUUGCUCCUGCAUGUGGCGAGAUGUCAGGGAAUCAUGGGAAAAGGAAAGGACAGCUCGCCGCUGAGGUUCACACACCAUCUCUACAACGCCACCAUCAACGAGAACUCGGCCCCGCGGACGUACGUUGAGACACCACUGAAGAUGGGUAUUGAAGUGACAGAUCUGUUCUGGGAAAUCACAUAUAAUGUUGUCUCAGGUGACGAUGACGGCCUUUUCCAAGCAGAGUCAGUCAAAGUUGGGGAUUUCUGCUUCCUCAGGAUCAAAACACGCAGCAGUAACUCAGCUCUCCUUAACAGGGAGGUCAGAGACACUUACACUCUCACUGUGGAGGCAACCGAAAGCACGUUUGACUUCCAGGUGAAGACAAAGGUGUUUGUCCAGGUGCUUGACACCAAUGACUUAAAGCCUCUUUUCUAUCCUGCCUCAUACAAUGUGGGCAUCAGGGAGGAUACCCCACUUAGGUCAAGUGUGGUCAGGGUUAGCGCUACAGAUGCCGACAUUGGCAGCAAUGCUGAAUUUUAUUACUCUUUCACCAGCAGAGCUCAUCCUUUUGUUGUUGACCCUUUCACAGGCACAGUCAGCCUCAUCAAAAAGCUCAAUCACACCCGGUCGGAGAGAUACGACCUCACUGUUUUAGCUGAAGACAGGACAAAGAAGAUAUCUGGUGUGCAGAAAUUCGGUAAUGUUGCCAGAGUCACAGUAAAUGUACAAAAGAUGUCUAUGGGGUCUCCAGUUAUCACAACUUCCCCCAAACCCACAGUCUCUACAGAUGGCAAAAUAACUAUCAAUGUCCACGUGGAAGCAGGAGUUAAGUCUGUGGAAUCCCUUAAUAUUGUUGAAGGGGAUCCUCACAAGUGUUUUGAGAUAAUCCCCUUAGGUGUGCAGGGCAGUGACUUCCAAGUGAUCUCUACAAAGAGGAUUAUCUGGUCUCAAACUCCUUUUGGGCUGAAUCUGUCCCUUCAAGCUAAAGACAGGAGCGCCCCAAGUUUAGUCUCUCCAAUUGCACAAAUCCACAUUCCGGCCUAUCAUUACAGCCCAUUGGCAUUUUUGGAAGACACCUACAUUGUCACAUUGAGUGAGUUUUCACCUCCUAAAACUCAUGUACUGAAGGUUUCUGUCACCGCAGUACCUUAUAAUGUUACCUUUAGUAUCAAGAAUAAUCCAGAAAGCUCCAAUUUCAAGAUAAAUCCCAAAACAGGGAUUAUCAUAACAACUGAAAAAUUUGAUUAUGAGAGAAAGGAUCGAUAUGAGUUUGAUGUAUUGGCCAAUCAUGGUGAAGCAGAGACUCACAUAGUGGUUGAGAUAACAGAUGAAAAUGACAACAGCCCACAGUUCAGCCAGACUUCAUAUCAGGCCACAGUGGACGAAAACACCCCUGUUGGCAGCAGUGUUUUGAAAGUAGCAGCCACAGACAAAGAUAAAGGCAAAAAUGGCUUUGUGACGUAUGCUAUUGCCAACUCAGGCCCCUUACCUUUUACAAUAGACCCCUUUACAGGUGUCAUCUCAACCUCCGAACACCUGGACUACGAGCUGAUGAAAAGGCGGUACCACCUUAGAGUUUGGGCUUCGGACAGCGGCAGCCCCUUCAGUCAGGUCAGCGAAUGUCCCGUGACGAUAACCCUUAACAACAUCAACGAUAACAUCCCUCUAUUUGAGAGGGUGGGCUGCAAUACCACUGUACCUCAAGACUUACCUGUGGGGUACACAAUCUGCGAGCUGUCAGCCAUUGAUUUAGAUGAGCUGCAGCAGCUGAAGUAUGUCAUUGAGUCGGGGAAUGAGCUCCAAGUCUUUGGUAUUGACUCAUUGUCAGGAGCCAUCACCCUUAAGCAACCAAUUCCCCUGCGAGCGGGUUCGUUCACUUUGAGAGUUGUAGCCACGGAUGGGAAGCAUCACUCGGACGCCUCAGUUGUCAGGAUAACUGUCACUAACAGAGGUGACGAAGUAACGCUUCACUGUCAGGAGACGGGCGUUUUCAAAGAGCUAACGGAUAAAUUGAUAGAGUCAAUCAAACCUAUUUUAACCAGUCAAGAGGAAGACACGUUCUCUGAUAUACACAUCACCAACCGACACUCUCCCAAGUUUGACCCUAGCAUUCCCAGUUCAAUUGACCUCAUUGAGGACCAUCCGUUGAAUUCCACCAUACUUCAGUUCAAAGCAACAGACAAUGACACUGGGUUUAACAGUAAGCUGGUCUAUGCCAUAUCAAGCGGGAAUGAAGAUGGCUGUUUCUCCAUUGACACUUUUUCUGGUGACCUUCAGUUAGUUUGCCCACUUGACAGAGAGAGUAAGGAGUUCUACAUUUUGAACAUCACUGUGUAUGACUUGGGAACACCACAAACAUCUGCAUGGAAAUUCAUUGCAGUGAACAUCAUGGACGUCAAUGACAACCCUCCUGUUUUUGAUCAGCCCAGAUAUGUGAUACGGGUGCCUGAAAACACAGAAGUUGACUCUAUUAUUUUUACAGCUCGCGCAAUUGAUCUGGAUGCAGAGACAAGUGGUAAUGUUCAAUAUUCCCUAAUGACGUCUACUGACAUGUUCAGAAUUGAUGAAUUGACUGGCGAGGUCAUUGUGACGCGUCAUUUGGAUCGAGAAACCUCACCCAGGCAUGACCUCCAGAUUGAAGCCAGAGACCAGGCCAGAGUGAGCCCACAGUUGUUCUCCAUGAUUGACCUUGUGGUUGUUUUGCAAGACAUAAAUGACAACCCACCCAAAUUUGUACCCAAAGUUUACAAAAUAAAAGUUCCAGAAGAUGUCCCUGUGGGUACCCUUCUUGUCUGGGUGGAGAGCGUCGACUUAGAUCUGGGCAGCGGAGGGCUUGUCACUUACAACCUCAAGAACACAGAGAGCGGGAUCUUCCACGUCGACUCCUCCACGGGUGCCCUGACCCUUGAGAGGGACUUGGACUUUGAGAGGCGGCCAUCUUACAACCUCACAGUCCGGGCUGUCGACCAUGGCCUCCCUCGCUCCCUCUCAUCCUCCUGCUUUGUGGAGAUUCAAGUUCUGGAUGUCAAUGAGAACCUCUACAGGCCAGUGUUCUCAGAGUUUGUGUAUGAAGCCAGAGUGAUGGAGGAUGCAGCAGUGGGGACAUCUGUGGUAACACUUACAGCUGCAGAUAAAGAUCUGGGCAGGGAUGGAGUCGUCAGGUACCACAUCCAUGAAGGCUCUGGUCUCGGAGUUUUCACCAUCGAUGAGGAAACAGGUGUGAUUCGUACAACAGAGACGUUGGACCGUGAGACGAUGCCUCACUACUGGCUUUCUGUCUAUGCCACCGACCUGGGGACUGAACCUCUGAUCUCCUGGACUCACGUCUUCUUGGAGGUCCUGGACGUUAACGACAAUGCUCCAGAACUUUCCCAGCCGGUAUAUUUCGCGUCCGUCCAAGAGAACGUGGACAUGGUCAAAUCUGUUGUCCAGGUGUCGGCCAAAGAUGUAGACACAUCUUCUGAGGGGAAGCUUUCCUUCCAGAUGCUGGAAUCUCACCGGACGUAUUUUGACGUUGAUCCCAAAACAGGUGUUAUCAGCACUCUCUCAGCCUUGGAUCGGGAGGAUAAAUCUGAGCACAGUAUCGAGGUGAUCGUUUCAGAUAAUGGAUCUCCGUCUUUGCGCUCCACCGCCACUGUUGUGAUCCGAGUUCUGGACGCCAACGACAAGCGACCAAAGUUCACGGACAAACUUUUCCAUGUCAGGCUUCCCGAACAGCACCACCAGGCGGGUAAACAGGAGGUCUGCAGGAUGGUCGCCCGUGACGAUGAUGAGGGCUCAAAUGCUGUUGUAACCUACAAGCUCCAAGACAACACGGAUGAGCGUUUUGAGAUCGACCCAGUGACAGGUGUGGUGACAUCACAUGGUGAUUUCUGGCCUGGGAACUACAGUAUUCUCACGAUUAAAGCCACAGACCAGGGCAGCCCGUCACAAUCAUCCACGGCUCGACUCGACAUCGAGUGGAUGGGCCACCCACCCCCCUCUGCUGAGCCAAUCACAUUUGACGAGCCCCACUUCACUUUUGCCGUCAUGGAAACGGAGCCUGUCACUUACAUGGUGGGAAUCAUCAUGACGGAGACUCAUCGGCUGAGUUGGUUUGAUAUCAUAGGUGGUGAUGAGGAAAAAGACUUUGACAUCCAGAGGAAUAGUGGAACCAUUUCGAUUGCCCGCCGGCUCGAUGCAGCUCGUCGCUCCAACUACAACCUGACAGUGCGGGUCAGCGACGGACACCACAGCGCCACCACGCAGGCCUACAUCCGUGUGGUGGACAUGAACGAACACCGUCCGGUCUUCCUGAAGCCACUGUACGAGGUGAGGGUUCCCGAGGAUACCUCCCCGUGGAAGGACAUCCUGCAGAUCAGCGCUGAGGAUGCUGACACCAACAGUAAGCUGGUGUACUCCAUCCACAGCAGCCUCCAUCCAGACAGCACCAAGUUCUUCCACCUGGACCCAAAGAGUGGAGUCCUGGUGAUGACGGAGGAGCUCGACUAUGAGAUGAUCUCUGUUCAUACUCUGAUCGUGAUGGUGCGUGACCAGGAGAUCCCUGUGAAGAGGAACUUUGUGAAGGUGGUGGUUCAUGUGGAGGACUGUAACGACCACUCACCAUCUUUCCUCAGCCCUCGGUAUGAGGCCAGCAUCUCAAACCUGGCUCCUACAGGCUCCGAGGUCGUCCACGUCAAGGCGCUGGACAAGGACAUGGGCAGCAAUGCCGACAUCAGCUACUCUCUUCACUCCGGUAACAUCGACAACAUCUUCUCCAUAGAUCCAGAGAUGGGCUCCAUCAGUGUUUCUAAACCUUUGGACCUUCAGCCUCAGGACCAGUUCCACUUGACAGUGAAGGCCACUGAUCAGGGCUUCCCUCAGCGCAGUGACAUCUGCUCCAUCCACGUCCACAUCCGCGUUUCCGACCAAACCCCACCUGCCUUCCCUUCAGAUGAAUACUUAGCAGAGAUCAGUGAAUUAAGCACCUUCAGAACGCCAGUGGUCACCAUCUCAGCUUCCAGCCCUGCUGCACUUCAUUAUGGGAUAGAAAGUGGUGAUCCUAAUGGGACAUUUCACAUCAACCCCUAUACUGGGCUGAUUUCAACCCAAAAGCACCUUGAUUUUGAGAGCUGUGCCUCCUACAAGCUCAAAGUUACAGCUUCCACCACAGCUGGAGCCUCGUCCAAGACUGUCGUUUACAUCUACGUGAUUGACGAGAAUGACAAUGCUCCUGUUUUUCAGCAGAGGGAGUACUUAGGGCAAAUAAGUGAAUCAUCUCACAUAAACAGCAUGGUGAUGGGAGAAAGAAACACCCCUCUGGUCAUCCAGGCUUCAGAUGCAGACAGAGAUGCUAAUUCUAUGUUGGUGUAUCAGAUCCUUGAACCAGAGGCUCUGAAAGUCUUCAAGAUAGACUCAAGUAUGGGCACCAUCUCUUUAAUUUCACCAGUUGACUUUGAGGCCAGGGCCAAAUAUCACUUCACGGUGCAGGUAAAGGACUCGGGGGAACCAUCACUGUAUGCAGCAGAGCCUGCCAAGGUCACCGUUCACAUCCUGGACCUGAAUGACUGCCCGCCACAAUUCACCACCCCAGUGUACGAGCCAUCCAUCAUUUUCCCAACUGUCAGAGAUACAGAGGUUGUGCGCGUCAUGGCCCAUGACGCCGACUCGACAGUCUCAUACAGCAUCACUGAGGGGAAUCUUCACAAUGCCUUUUCAAUUCACCCCAGUACUGGAGUCAUUAGCAUGAGCAAUGUAUCUGAAUUUAGGCCAUUUUAUCAACUGGUUGUCAAAGCCUCUGACGGCCUCUACAAAGACUCAGCUACUGUCAUAGUAAAUGUAACAAACCUAACAGCAAGUGAUCUUGGAUUUGAGCAGAAAGUGUAUUCAGCAAGCAUUACAGAAAACCUGAAGACAGUCAAAAUUUUGGCGGCUCUAAAAGCUACAGGUUGUUAUUUAAAUGAGCCUCUUUUAUAUUCUGUGGUAAACCCAAUGGAGAGGUUUGCAAUUUCCCAGACUUCAGGCGUACUUGAAACAACAGGUGUCCCUUUUGACAGAGAGGAAAAGGACCUGUAUGACGUAGUGGUGAAGGUACAAGACAUGAGAACACCACCCAGGACGGCUACAACUCAGGUCAAGGUUUUUAUAGACGAUGUCAAUGACAAUUCUCCCCAGUUUCUAAACUUGCCAUUUUCAAUGAUGAUAUCUGAAGACUCUGAACCAGGCGAUGUUUUGUAUCAAGUAACUGCCAUCGACAGAGAUUUGGGAGAAAAUGGAUCCAUCAUGUAUUCACUGGAGGAGGACUACGACCUCUUCAGAAUAGAUCCCGAUGUAGGCGACGUGUCUCUUCAGAGGCCUCUUGACUUUGAAGCCCUGAACAAGUAUGCAUUGACGGUCUUGGCUAUAGACGAGGGUGAGCCCACUCACAGCACAGUGGCACAGCUAACUAUUCAAGUGAGGAAUCGAACCAACCCAGUUUUCCAGACGCUUCUUUAUCCGCUGAAAGUCCCUGAAAAUGUCCCUCCAUUCACCACCAUCUUACACGUUCAGGCCAGAAAUCCAGAAGGCUAUCGGCUCAUCUACAAUCUUGAAGAGGAAAAUGCCUCAAAACACUUUCACAUUGAUUUCAAAACAGGCGUACUGACCGUCACCAACCCCCUCGACUACGAGAGUCAGACCAUGCAUGUGUUGACAGUUCGAGCUACUGACUCUGUGACCGGAGCUUUCUCCGAGGCCUCAGUAGAAAUAGAAGUGGAGGAUGUGAAUGAUAAUCCACCAGUUUUCUCGAAGCUAAUGUACAGGGUGAGCAUUCCUGAAGGGCUCCCAGUUGGCACGUCAGUGAUCCAGCUGUCUGCCUCUGACAGGGACUCUGGCAGAAAUAAAGAUUUGACCUACAAGAUGGUGAAAACGGAGGGGAAUGAGACUGAUUUCUUUGAGAUCGACCCUCAGAGUGGGUUGAUUUUCACAAAACAGGUGCUCGAUCAUGAAAACACAAAGCACUUUAAUUUGAAAAUCAAAGCCACUGACAACGGCACUGUUCCUCUUAGUAGUGAAGCCAGUGUCUUUGUAAAUGUCACAGAUGUUAAUGACAACCCGCCCGAUUUUGUCAGCUCCCAGUAUGAAGCCACACUGGAUGAAAUGGCAAAAUGUGGCCACAUAGUCAUCAAAAUCCAAGCUUCAGAUCCCGACACUGGCGACCUGAAUAACCUCAAGUACAAAAUCCUCUCAGGGAACGAAGGCCGUUACUUCAACAUCAACGAAUCCUCAGGAAUCAUCUCUUUUUCUAACGUCUGUAAGAGGAAUCUGGAUCCUUACUAUAACCUGACAGUGGCGGUGUCUGAUGGGGUGUUUCAGAAAACGGCACCAGUCAAUAUUGACAUGAUUAACAGCAACAGGCAUAGUCCGUACUUCAAACAGAGCAUCUACGAGGCAGAGCUGGCUGAAAAUGCAGAAGCCGGAACUCGCGUGAUCCGAUUAGCUGCCAUUGACCCCGAUGAUGGGCCCUAUGGCAGCGUAGACUACACCAUCAUCAACAAACUUGCUGAUGAGAAAUUUGCUAUCGAUAACAAUGGGCAGAUUGUUACGACACAGCCGUUGGACAGAGAAAACCCAGCCCAGAGAGUCAUAGCUAUUAAAGUGAUGGCAAAAGAUGGCGGUGGAAAAGUGGCCUUUUGCACAGUCAAGAUUAUUCUCACAGACGAGAACGACAACGUACCUCAGUUCAAAGCGUCAGAAUACCAGGUUUCAAUUCAGUCCACUGUAAAUAAAGGCUCCCCUGUCAUUCAAAUCAUGGCUUACGAUGCAGACGAUGGCAAAAAUGCCGAUGUCACUUACACUGUAGACGAAACCGAAGAAGUCACAGAAGACAUCAUCGAGAUCAACCCUUUCACUGGAGUUGUGAGCGUCAAAGAGAGUCUUGUCGGCAUGGAGAACAAGAUCUUCAACUUCAAAGUCAAGGCUCGUGACGGUAGCCUCCCGUUCUAUAACUCCACAGUCCCAGUCCAAGUCAAAGUGGUUCCUCCUGAGGUCCCUCUUCCGAAGUUCUCAGAGCCCCUCUACACCUUCUCAGCUGCUGAGGACAUCCCCAUAGGGACGGAGAUAGGCUCUGUGAGGGCCGACUCCGACAUGCCUCUCAUUUACAGCCUGGUGAACGGCAACACAGUUGAAAGCAACAAAGACAAAGUUUUCACCUUGGACAAAGAAAGUGGAACUCUGCUGUUGCAGAAGACCAUCGACCAUGAAAAGACAAAGUGGUACCAGAUAGACGUGAUUGCCCAGGGGAACCACAACGGGACCGACGUGGCAUCGCUGGUGUCUGUCAGCAUCCAGGUCCAGGAUGUGAAUGAUAACCAGCCAGUGUUUGAUGCAAGCCCAUACAGGGCCUUCCUGGCUGAAAACAUGCCCGCUGGAACCACCGUUAUUCAGGUCACCGCCAAUGACCCGGACACAGACACCAAUGGUCUUGUAACCUACAGCUUGGAGUCACUGCCUGACGGCACCGCGACCGACAUCACCAAUGUGUUUUCCAUCGAUGGCGAGAGCGGCUGGAUCACAACUGCACAGGAGACGGACUGCGAGGCAACCAGAGUCUACAGGUUCAGUGUGGUCGCUACAGAUCAUGGCGGCGACAACAAGCUGUCAUCCAGCGUCCUGGUGGAGGUGACGGUGACGGACGAGAACGACAACCCGCCGAAGUUCUCAGACGAAGUGUACCGCGGCUCGGUGGUGGAGAACAGCAGUCCGGGUGAAGUCAUCAUCUCCAUGACGACCACAGAUGCUGAUGUGUCUCUGGAGAACCGGCUAGUGACAUGUUACAUCACAGGUGGGGACCCGUUGGGCCAAUUUGCCAUCAUCCAGGAGGACGAGGGCGAAUGGGGAUUGAUCGUGAAGGAACGUCUGGAUCGAGAGACCAAAGACAGAUACACACUCAAAGUCACCGCCACUGACGGGAAGUUUGAGGCUCCAGUCACUGUGGAUGUCCAUGUGCUGGACAUCAAUGACAACAGUCCACUGUGUGAACAGCUGGUCUACACAGAGGUGGUGAUGGAAAACUCGCCCUCCAGCAUGUUUGUGCUGAAGGUUUCAGCUUCAGAUCCGGACGUGGGAGCUAAUGGCCAGAUCUCCUACACCCUCCACGGCCCUGACGCAGACAAGUUCCAUCUCAACCACAGGACAGGUGAGCUGUUCACUCUGGCUGUGUUGGACCGUGAGAGGGAGGUUGAAUACAACCUGGUGGCGAAGGCGACGGACGGUGGCGGGCGGUCCUGUCAGGCAGACAUCCUGCUGAUGAUCCAGGACAUGAACGAUAACCCGCCUCGUUUCUCCUCCAGCCACUAUGAGGUCACUGUGUUUGACAACACGACCAUCCGAACGCCCAUCGCUGUCAUAUACGCCAAAGACCCAGACACUGGUAUAAACUCUGAGGUGAAAUACUCCCUCCUGGCGGGCGAUAGUGGUUACUUCUCUCUGGACGAGUUUUCGGGGAUCCUGCGGCUGGAGCGACCUCUGACCCCCGACACCCCGCCCACCUUUGAGCUGAAGGUAAAGGCCACCGAUCGCGGCCUGCCCCGUCACCUGUACUCCAUCGCCACUGUGACGGUGGACGUGGUGUCGCUGGACGACUACCAGCCCGUCUUCCUGAGCUCGGAGUACACCGCCCAGCUCCGAGAAUCCUUAGCGGUUGGGUCGGAGGUGCUGAGUGUCUCUGCACUCACCAGAGAUGGUGGAGGGCCGGAUCAUGUCGUGUAUCGCAUCAUCUCUGGCAAUGAGGACGGGCGGUUCCAGCUGGAUUCACAAACAGGUCUUCUGCUCCUCAUCGCACCGCUGGAUUUUGAAGUUUCCCGGGAGUACUACCUGUCUGUGGAGGGAAGUCGUGGGAAGUCGUCUCUCAGCGACAUCACCACAGUUAUCAUCAACGUGACGGAUGUGAAUGAUAACACGCCGGCUUUCGGACGGGGCGACUACAGCACUGAGAUAUCAGAGGAUCUGACGCCUGGAAGCCUGGUGAUGAAGGUAACAGCCACUGAUGAGGAUGGUCCGAUCAACAAUCUGCUGCGUUACUCCAUAGUGAGCGGAGACCCUCUGCAGCAGUUCAUUAUUCACCCUCGCAGCGGAGAAAUCACUGUCCGGACUUCAGUGGACAGAGAGGAGAUCACCCAUUACUCUCUGACGGUACAGGCAGCCGAUGAAGGAGAUCCUCCUCUGUCGUCCGCAGUCCUCAUCACCAUCACCAUCACUGACGUUAACGACAACCCACCGGUCUUCUCCCAGGUCAACCACAGUCUGCUGCUGCAGGAGGGCGAGUCACUCGGCAGCAGCAUCCUCCAGCUGGUGGUUACCGACAAGGACACGCCAAAGAACGGCCCGCCUUUCUCCUUCCACAUCGUCAGCGGCAACGAGGAACGCCGUUUCCACAUCGACCAGGGUGGCCUGCUGUCACUUUCUGCUCCACUCAGGAAGAAAGUCAAACCCUACCAUCAGCUCAAGAUACAGGUGACAGACAGCGGUCAUCCCCCCCUCUCCUCUAUCUGUGUGGUCAACAUCAACGUCACAGAGCAGAGCAAGUAUCCUCCCUCUGUGGUGCCUUUAGAGGUCUUCAUCACUACCUCUGGAGGGCUGUUUGCCAACCGGGUCAUUGGGAGACUCCACGCUUCAGACCAAGACCUGCAGGACGUCCUGACCUACAAGCUGGUGUCAGAAAACCCGGAUGGAGGAAGGUUCUCGGUCGACCUUGCUGAUGGUAAGAUCUGGGCAGAUGAAAACCUGAAGGAGGGCUCGUAUUCACUCAACGUCAGCGUGACCGAUGGGAAGUUCAGCGUAUGGACCGGGGUCAAAGUUCAUGUUUGGGCAGCUGAUCAGAAGGCGUUGGACUCUGGCCUAACGCUGCAGCUGGUGGGGAUGUCACCGGAGGAGUUUCUGGGCGAUCACUGGAGAGGCCUGCAGCGCAGCCUGGGUCAAGCUCUCGGUUUGCCCAGACAAGAGCUUCACCUGGCCAGCCUGCAGCAGCAACACGACACCCAGGUCCUGGAGGCCCUGCUCAUCUGGAAGCCUCAGAGUGGACUCGUCCAAUCUCUGCCAACCAACAGACUCGCAGGUAUUAUAUCAGACAUCGAGGACUCUCUGGGCCUGAGCAUCCUCAGGGUGAGCCACAACGGGUGUCUGGGUACCAGCUGUCCGCCACGAGGCUGCAGGAACGCAGUCCGGCUGACGGGAGAGAGACUGGGCCAUUUCACCACCGCCAGAGCUGGUUACAUCACCCCACAACACACCUGGGAGAGCGUAUGUCCAUGUAAUGAGUCGGCGGUGAGGUUUGAUGGGAAAUCCUACCUGAAGUACCUUCACAGGAUGGACGAGGACAACCAGAAUUUCAAACUGUCACUGAGGUUCAAGACUUUCCAGGAGCAGGGCCUCAUUGUGUCCACCAACAGCACCAACGACUGGGGGGUCUUACAGCUGACCAGUGGAGAGCUGCACUUCAGCUACAGUUGUGGAAGAACACCCCCUGGUUCAUUAGUCAUCAGAUCUGAUCCAGUAUCAGACGGCCGGUGGCACGGUAUCCUGCUGGAGGUCAACUCCACCACACUGAGGCUGACACUUGACGAGCAGCAUCCAACCUCCACCACCCUAACUGAGCCAUGCCGGAUGAUGCAUUCUCAUGGUGCUUUGCUCUUCGCUUCACUCGCUCAGGACUCUGCUCCAGAGGUCCAUGGGCAGCCGCGUAGUUUCAUUGGCUGCCUGGAGGGCCUAGAGUUCAAUGGGGAGCCAAUCAGAGUGGGGGACAUUGCAGAGUGGACAGGGUCAGGGAGCAGGAGGGUUUUUGGGGUGUACCAGUGCUGCAGCCGGGCAGGAGCCUGUGACAAUAACCCGUGUCAGAACGGAGGGGUGUGUGAGGAGGACGCUAUCGGAGAGCCGCGCUGCAGGUGUGCAGGACUCUUCCACGGCGCCCACUGCAAGCUGCCCGACAACCCGUGCGCCUCCCAGCCAUGUGCCCACGGCAGGGUGUGUGUACCCAAGGCUCAUGGUUACAUGUGCAACUGCUCUCUGGACGACGCUGAAGCACGGUGCCACAAUCAAAUAGAAGUCUGUUCACCCAAUCCCUGCCCUGGAGGCUUUGAUUGUAAAGUCACUGACGGCUCCAUCCACUGCGACCCCCUGCCUCAGAAGGUAAUCCCAAUGAUUGGCUAUGUGGAAAUCAUGGAGAUCAGUGCCAGCGUGCUUGGAUUGCUCUUCUUGGUUGGCAUCUUCGUUUGCAUCAGGAAACGUUACGUUCAGCAGAAGAAGAAAAAGCCGGUCUGUGUCCAGGACUCUAAUGGCUAUUUCCAGCCCAGUCUGGCCAAGAGCCUCAAAGCCGACAACCAAGACGUCAACCCCAUCGAGAUGAGCUCACUGGUCGGUCCCACCAACGACCUCGACCACACGCCGUUCAGGUCGCUUCGCCCACACAGCCAAAUUGGUUCAUCAGGAGGCGGGGUUUCCUCUGCAAAGACACAGGGGCCAGUUGUGUGCAGCGUGGCCCCCAACCUCCCCACCAGGCCGCCGUCCAGCUCUGACAACGACUCCAUCAGGAAGAGCCACUGGGACAUGGACUAUGAAGUCUACCCUGCAGACCCAGACUACUACGGGCGGCCAACAGUCCAGGAGUUCCCGCAGUUUGACAUCGUAGAGGACACUUACUCCACCUCUACCAUGGAGUCGCGGAGGAACUCUCGAUUUGGUGGCUUCCCAUUCCCACUGGACCGCUGUGACCGCCGCGCACCCCUUCCACCGUGUUACAGCAACCAGAACCUGGACGACUUCCUGGGUCCUGACGGGCUACCUCUUCCCAGCUCCCAGUGCCCCAACGAGUACACCGCCAUCAGCUACUACCCCACCCAACACACUCGCAGCCUUGACAACGUCUCAGGAGGCUACAAGAGACUCAGCAUGCGUCUGAGUGUGGCUAUGCCAUCAUAUGCAGAACAGGCCAGCCCGCCGCCAGCUCCAAACCCCGCCCAACCUCAAACACGACCCACUGGGCAGAACCCACGAAGCUAUGAUGGGUCAAGCAUGGUGGGGAGCGAUUACGGGAGCUGUGAGGAGGUGAUGUUUUAAGACCAAGUUUGGCUCAAAGCUUACAUCCGUCCAUGGCUGUUUGCAUCCUCGUUGGUGAUUAUUCAGUUUUAGUUUCAUAUGGAAACCUAAACAGAACAAGUACAUGCCACCUUUCUACUAUUCCCCCACUCUACGGUAGCUGUAUGUACCAGCACACUUCUCAGAUGGGACUCUUGGAAACUACUGAACAGCAGCUUGUUGGUCUCUCACUGCAAGAUCUGAGUCGUUUUUUCCACGCAGAUGGAGAUAAAAGCACCGUGUGAAACAUUAUUUCAGAUGUCUUUCACGUGUCUGACUUCGUGUAAAAUCGUGUAGUCUUGCUGUGCCAGACUAGAUGGAGGUAAUUCAGGACUCCUCGGUUACUUCACUGGAAGUUCAGCAGAAGUUCAUGUUUUUGUCCAAGCUGCUGAGAGCACUCGUUAACAAAGGUUGUGAAAUCGUGAACAGUAUUACUGAAUUGACUGUGGAUUGUUUCAAAGUCAAAACUCAAGACUUUUUUUUAAGCUUCAAUGAGGGAGAAUCCGCCUCAGUGGAGGGGUCUGCUUUCGAAACAUGUCCUGUGAGGCAAACUACAUCUCUUGCAUUUCAAACACGUCUGACAAGCCAGCCACUCUAAAGACAUUUUUUUAAGCUCUGCCAAACAUUGAUAAUGGUGUGGAUAUGUGCAGUGUGUGGUUGAACAUAUGACAGCAGGCACGAGGAAAACACUGUUACCAUGACAGUUGCUGGUGUGACAUUCAGCCAACAACGCUCAUUUAGAAAUGUCUUUGUGAUGAAAUCCUGAUAAAAAAAAAAGCUUUGAUUGCAUUGUAUGAAAAGUGAAUAACCAGCGAGGUUUAUCAUGUCUGCAUUCUCCUGCUGCGUGUUGGUGUUCAUAUGAAAUUUACUGGGUCAGAAAAGAACCACAAAAAUGUCAGAAAAACAGAUUUAAAAUGCAUCAACCAUCAGCCCACUACUUCAAAUCAAGCACAUUUCAUGCAGGAUGAACAUUUCACUGGACUCGUUAAUCAGCUUAAUGUUGUUUAUUGUUGCUGUCUGUUAUAAUGAGGGAGGCUGGAUCCUCAAAAAACAAAAAGAAAAGAAAAAAAACAAACAAACAUAAAAGCCAUAAACACAAGGUGAUGUUAGUCGUGAAGUAGAUGUAUGUUAACUUUAACUGUUACUGUUUCCAUGACUGUAAAUUCUGUAGAUUCUUAAUCUGUAAGCAUCUCCUCGUCGAUUUAAUGAGUGUGAACAAGAUCACAGUAUUUUCUAUAGAGGAGAUGUUAGUGUUUGUGAUCAAGUUCUGCUCAGCAGUGUUGCUGCCACCAAUGAUAAAAGAAACAGUUAAUGUGGAGUCGUUUUUAGCAGUGGUAAAGAAAUGUCUAUGCAGCCAUUUUAAAUGGUGCAAAUAUGCAAGCUUCAGAUAAAAGAAAUGUUUGUUUUGGUCCAGAGCUGGUUGUGCAGUAUGCAGCGUAUUAAAAAGUGAAUGUAUUAUACUGAAUAUUAAAGUCUAUGUUUAGCCUGAACAGCAUUUUCUUAAAAGUAACUGUUUAACAGUGAAGAACCACAAUAAUCUCAAUUAAAUAUCACUGCAAACAAAGAUUUUGGUUUACGAAACAUCAAAGACUAGUAAAAGUGGCCGUAACAUGUCUUUCAAUUGCUUUUUUUGUCUGACCCAGCAUUUAUCAUUUCACUGACAAGACAACAAAUCAUAACAUUUGAGAAGUUGGAAUUAGUAAAUGUUUACAAUUUUUCCAUAACAAAUGAAGCAAUACUUACCAAUUGAUUUUCUGUAUUAGAUUAUUCAUUUAAGAUGUUAAUCACUUCUUUUUCAGUUCAGCCUAUAAAAAGUGGAAAAACAAAAAAAAUCAAUUACAACUUGCUACAAAAUUUCUUAUCAAAAAUUAUUCAAUUCAAUUGUUCAAUUUAGCAUAUGAAAUGGACUAAAACAAGCCACCCUUAAAAUCUGAGGUGCUGGUAUCUGCAUAUUACCUAACAUGGACUGAGGGGACUUUUCAAUUUUAUUUUUGCAGAAACCACAAUCAACUGAAUAAUCUUUUCAGGGGUAAAAGUGUUGAUUUCUCAGUGUUUUCUAAUUAACCAAUCUUACUAAAACAAACCUACAAUGGUAGCCAUGUAAAUUACAGUAUAUGGGCAGACUCUGCACUUUGUUUAAGGUACAACAUACACUGAAUGUUAGCAUGGCUACAGAAAGCCAUAUGCCACAAUGAGUGUAUUGAUAACAGAUAUUUCAGCAGAUGCUUUAAUUUGGCCACUCAGCAGUUACAGCAUUCUUCAGUCUAUGUUCAAACAUGAAGCUGAAACUGAUUUUUUCUGUCGCUAUAACAACCAAUGUCGGCAAGUGAUUGUACUGUGCAAACAACAUACAACCUUGAUCGGUUGGUUUGUGAAUUCCAGCACCGGUAGACGCCUCAGAGAUCAGAUCUGAGAGACAGAUUAGAUUUUCCAGCUGUUUGGACAGUUUGUAUUUUGGCAAACGAUGGAGCGAAAUGUGUGUGUGUACACAGUGUUUACUGCUGCUGCCUCCAUGUAAACAUGUUGAGGAUGCAGAUCAUGCUUGUAAAAAUCGAAACCCGCAUCAACUGGAUUUUUACACAGCUCUCAGAGGUCGGGGAGAUGCAUGAGACAUAAGGGCACUGUUUGUACUGGGAAAAUACAUUUGUUGUAACAUGUGUUAACAGACAUCAGGGUGAUUCAGAUAGGCCUGGAUAGGUUGUCAGCUUCUCUGUAACUCUCAUUUGUUCUUAAUGUCCUGACUGCCGCAUCUCUCCCGGUCUGCAACCAUAAUAGGCUAAAUCAGAGCACACACACAGAGCAAAUAUUAAUACAUAUUCAGUCACUGCUGGUUUAGCUGCUGAGUUCUGACACUAUCUGAGAGAAAGGAAGACUGACAGGAAUUAGGGUUUGUAAGAAUUUGCAGCACAAAACUCAGGAUGCAUUCAGAGAGACUUGCAUGGCUACCACUGCACAUGCUUUAUCUGCACACAGGCCCCUUUUUUGUCUGAAAGGGGAUAUUUGACUUGCAGCAAAGGUUAAAGCACAUUUUGCAGUCACAGCAAACAAGACAAAAUUAAAACUUUCAGCCAGGAUAUCCUUAAAUACUAUAAUUGUGAAUGGGAAAUAUUUUUAUUUUCUGUGAUUCCAAAAAAUUUGAUGAGAAGAUCAAUAUUGGUUUCAUCUCUGUAAGUUCAAUGAAGACCUGUAGCUUUGUCAUGUGAGUAACAUUGGCACAAAUACUGGUAGCAGAAAAAUGCUAGUAUCCAUAAUAAUUAAAAAGAAAAAUGCCCUUCAGCACUAUAUUUAUACAUUGUUAUAAUAAGUGAUUCAUCAAUCCAUUAAAGCCUCUCUUAAACAUGUUUUGUUUUGUGUUAAGCUUUUACUGUUGAAUCGAACUGUUCUUGUUCUGCUUCAAUUCACGAGGUAACUGCAUUUUAAACUAGAAUAUCUCACUUUAUAUUCACAAAUACACAUGUAAUAUGUGCACUUGAUGGAGCUAGGUUAGCCAUUUACCCCUGCUUACACUCUUUGUGCUAAAUGAAUACAGCCACUUCUGUAUUGAACGGCAGCGGAAGAACUGAUCUUGAUCUUUUCAUCCAACGCUUGCUGCAGAUUAUUCCCUUAAAUGACAACGACAAAGUUCAAAAUGCAUCCUCAAGAUUUAAGAAAAGUUCAUUUUUAUAACAUGGAUCUCGUUUUACUUAGCCAGAGACUAUUUUAGACAACGCUGAGGCCAUGCCAUCUCCAUUUUAUUCAGCUUUUCAACUUAUUUUAGCUAAAUCUGAGAACAUGUCACUAAAUCCUCCUGAAGCGUUGUUCGCUGUGGGUUAACGUAGAACAUCUGUCCAUCUCUGGUUGUUGAACUGUGACUGUUGUUUUAGUUAAAACAUUUUUUCCAGUCCUUUGUACAAAAAAGAUCUUAUCAAGUAUUGUGUUGUAUAUACAGUCUGUACCUGUGUUUGUGUUGUAGGUUGUUUGUGCAGAAUAUGACAUCACUUGAAUGUACGUUACAUUUGUUUUAAUUCAUAAAGUUUAUUUUUGUAUCAAUGUGGGCCUCCCCAUGUUUUGCUCUGUUGUUUCUCUGUGAGAGAUUUUAUCAAGAUGCCAUCUUUCUGUUUUUGGUUUUCAAUAUUGUAAAGAGAGUAUGAAUAAAGAUAUUAUCUUCUAUGAACACUGACCGACAAUAUCAGACUUCCUGUUGCUUUGUGUUGAAACAGACUAUGUCAAAAAUCACAUCUGUGGGUUUCAUCGCUGCCUGGAGAGAAAACUGAAAAAAACUUUAAGCCCUCUCCAGACAGGAUUAAU